UUCUCCGCCUCCUUUGCUUUCCCUCGGCGAGGGGAAACGACGGAGCGGCACGCGGAGUGUGGAGCGUCUUGAGGCGGCCCGGGGUUGCCUUCUCCUCCUCCCGCGCCCUGCUUGCACACAAAGCCAUGGGGUUUAAGGAGCCCGGCGUGCCUUUGACCCUUCUCCUCUGGAUUACGGCUUCCUGGAGCUGCCUGGCUGGCUCUGCCGCCGGGGCUGGGGAAGCGGCGGCGGCAGCUCGCAGGCAGGACGAAUCCUUCUCCACGGCGAGCGUCUACGGAGCCAGAUGCACCUCCAGGUGUCUCAGCUUGCAGAUCACUCGUAUCUCCGCCUUCUUCAAGCAUUUCCAGAAUAAUGGUUCCUUGGUCUGGUGUCAGAAUCACAAACAAUGUUCGAAGUGUCUGGAGCCCUGCAAAGAAUCCUGGGACUUGAAGAAAAACCAUUGCCAAAGUUUCUGUGAGCCUCUUUUCCCCAAGAAGAACUAUGAAUGCCUAACUAGCUGUGAAUUCCUCAAGUACAUCCUGUCGGUGAAGCAAGGAGACUGCCCAGCACCUGAGAAGGCGAGCGGCUUUGCGGCUGCCUGUGUUGAAAGCUGCGAGUCUGACAGUGAAUGUUCUGGCGUGAAAAAAUGCUGCUCUAAUGGAUGUGGACAUACAUGCCAAGUACCCAAAAAUCUGUACAAAGGUGUCCCUUUGAAACCCAGAAAAGAAUUAAAGUUUAGUGAGCUUCAGUCUGGACAGCUGGAAAUUAAGUGGUCUUCAAAAUUCAAUAUCUCAAUUGAACCUGUGCUCUACGUGGUACAAAGGAGAUGGAACUAUGGGAUUCAUCCCAGUGAGGAUGAUGCUACCAGCUGGCAAACAGUGGCACAGACCACAGAUGAGAGGGUACAACUGUCUGACAUCAGACCCAGCCGGUGGUACCAGUUUCGAGUGGCUGCCAUUAAUGUGCACGGAACAAGAGGUUUCACAGCUCCUAGCAAGCACUUCCGCUCUUCAAAAGAUCCGUCAGCGCCACCGGCCCCAUCUAAUCUCCGAAUUGCCAACUCUACUGUGAACAGUGAUGGGAGUGUAAAUAUGAGGAUUACUUGGGAUCUCCCAGAGGAACCUGACAUCCCAGUCCAUCACUACAAAGUCUUCUGGAGUUGGACCGUCAACAGCAAGUCUCUUGUUCCAGCUAAAAAAAAGAGAAGGAAGACUACAGAUGGGUCCCAGAAUUAUGCAGUCCUCGAAGGCCUCCAACCCAACAGUAAUUACAUGGUGGAAUUGCAGGCAGUAACAUACUGGGGUCAAGUACGCCUGAAAAGUGCCAAAGUCUCUCUCUACUUUAGUUCUACUCAGACGGCUGUUAACAACAAAGACCAGAUUUCUACAGUUGGGAAAGCAGCUGAUGCUUUCCCAUCUUUCAAAGGAAGAAGACCCACUCGCCUUCUUGAAAUUGGAGUGCCUUUUUAUCAAGAUGAUCAGCUUCAAGUGAAAGUCUACUGGAAAAAGACAGAAGAUCCAAGCAGCAGGAGUAGAUAUCAUGUCCAGUGGUUCCCAGAGUCUUGUCUGCACAAUGAAACAAAAGGGCCUGAAAAAUCCAGUGCUGAAACAUAUGAAAAUUAUAUUAUUCUUCAGGACCUGUCAUUUUCAUGCAAAUACAAAGUUACUGUCCAGCCAGCAAGAUCCAAAGGCCGGUUGAAGACUGAAAGCAUUUACUUUUCUACUCCGCCUUGUUCUGAUCUUAAAGGAAGAAAACACAAGCACAUUAGCUGUCCUACUGAAGGAGCUCCGGUUGUCCCAAAAGUGUUGGCAAAGCCAGAGAAUCUUUCUGCUUCAUUCAUUGUUCAAGACAUCAACAUUACUGGCCACUUUUCCUGGAAAAUAUCAAAAGCAAAUCUACAUCAACCCAUGACAGGGUUCCAAGUCACUUGGGCAGAAGUUACGACAGAGAGUAGACAGAACAGCUUGCCCAACAGCAUUAUUUCCCAGUCACAAAUACUGCCAGUAGAUCACUACGUACUGACAGUGCCCAACCUGAGACCAUCAACUCUUUACCGCUUAGAAGUCCAAGUGCUGACAACAGGUGGUGAGGGGCCAGCUACCAUAAAGUCAUUCCGAACACCUGAAUUGCUGAUACCUCCACACAGGCCUCAUCUGAAGCAACAUCAUCCCCAUCACAACAAGCCACCACCUGAAAAAUACUAAAUUGUAUUGGAACAUUAACUAACUGGGAAAGACUAUAAACUGAGCUCUUGCAAGAUCAGAAAAAAUGCAUCUGUACUGGAAUAUGUAAUGAUCUAUGUUCUAGUGGAUGUUUACCCUAUAUGAAAUGAGUAGAGAUAUCUACAUCAUAUGGACUGAAGAAAGCAUGUUUGUACUAAUUCUAGGAUGAAGUACUGUAUGUCAUGCAAUGAUCAACUGUAUUCAUGUAAUUGAAACAUUCAACAUCUGUGAAAAUUUAAGAAUAUCAAAGUGUAGUGAUUUACUAGCAUCAUAGUGUACAUUGUAGAACACUCACAGUCUUCUCAGUCUUUAUACGUCUUUGUGUAUGGUUUUUCU